AUGAGUGAAUCAAUAGAAAUUGUACCAUAUACCGGAGAAGAGCAAAUAGGUUAUAUCAUGGACUUAAUGAAAAGGACAUUGUCUGAACCAUACUCUAUCUAUACAUAUCGAUAUUUCUUAAAAAGUUGGCCACAUUUAUGUUUCUUUGCAAAAGAUAAAACAACAAAUAAAUAUGUUGGAUGUUGUAUUGGUAAACAAAGUAUUCAAAACAACCUUCAACAAGGAUACCUCGCUAUGUUAAGCGUUGAAGAUAAUUACAGACGUAAAGGAAUUGCUACAUUACUUUCAAUGAAAUUAUUUAAUACAAUGAUAGAAAAUAAAUGUGAUAGAAUUGUUCUUGAAACUGAAGCUGACAAUGUCAGUUCUUUAGCAUUGUAUACUAAAUUAGGAUUUGUUAAAGAACAAUUUCUAAAUAAAUAUUAUAUGAAUGGAAGUGACGCCUAUCAACUUACAUUAGCAUUAAAUCCUAAUGGAGUAACAAAACAAUUAUCAUUAAUAAUUGAUGAAGACAAAUAA